AUGGAAAGUCAACCUGAUGAUAUAGAGCUGGGGCGCACGGAGAACGAGCAAGUCGAUAAACUUCAACAAGCUUACACUCUAAUCCGACUUAUCCGCAACUCAAUUCAACCUCCCUACUCUCCCUAUGCCCCUCUUUCAAACGCUCCUAGCAUCCCUAGGACUUCUCCGGAACGUCUCGCGCUGGCAUCCCCCGAUUCACCCGACGAAUCCUCCUCCUUGACCGUCCUAUACCUAGCCUAUGGCGCCAACCUCUCCAAAUCCACCUUCGACCGACUUGACGUCAAACCGAUAAGCCAGAUCAACGUAUCCGCACCAGCUUUCGAUCUGGCCUUCGACUUACCCGGUAUUCCCUACUGGGAACCACGCUUCUCCAACAUCACGCCGCGCAAGAUCCCUAAGCCUCCUCUCGAUCCUCCAAAACCUCCAUUUGAUCCACCAAAGCCUCCGUUCGACCCCCCGCACCUAAGCUCAGCGAAAUAUCCGGGAUUUCUACUACCUUCACUCCCGCCAGGCUUCCCCUCGUGGGAUAAGGGCUUGUACGGCGUAGUGUAUGAAGUAACGCGCGAUGACUACCGGAAGAUAAUCCAAGCGGAGGGCGGCGGGUCCGCGUACCAGGACAUCCUGGCGCCGGUCCUCGCGCUCCCCCCACCCCUCAACAUCCCCGAGAAGCCUCCCAUACCCGAGCUGCCGAAGCCGUUCAUAGCGCACACGCUCUAUGCUCCACGACUACCUUCGCUCAAACCCCCGGGCGACGGUGACGAUAACGAUGGACAUGAUAACGAUGGCGAUGACGAUGAUGAUCCGAGAGAUAAAAAGUGGUGGCAGAAGUUAUUAUUGCCAGUCCGCCGACCCGAUAGCUAUGGCCAGCCGAGCGCGCGUUACCUGCAGCUGAUCCGCGACGGGGCGCUAGAGCACUAUCUCCCGGACGACUACCUGCUAUAUCUCGCGAAGCUACAAGCCUACAAGAUCACGACUUGCCGACAGGAGGUGGGGCGUUGGCUAUUCCUACUAAUUUGGCUGCCGUGGUUCGCGUUGAUACUACUCCUCGGCUUUUUCUUCGCCGAUAAAAAGGACGGCAAGAUACCCGCAUGGUUGGGUGCCACAUCCACUGUUCUGGCAAAUCUAAUGUGGAAAACAUACGAUGUGGUGUUCAAACCAGUGUUCGGGUCUGGGGAGCGGACAAUAGAAGAGGAGGAGGAUGACUCCCAUUCCAGAAGAAUGAGGAAUCGGGGUGCGAUAAGAAAUACAUCUAUAUGGGGAAGUGAGAAAAAUGCGUUACUUGGAGACUGGUAG